CUGUAAGGACGUGUCUCAAUUACUCUUGUUGCACAGGUUGUGAGCGAGGGAAAGAGAGGGAGGAGAGAGAGAGAUAAACACACACCACCUAGAACGUCAAACAAGAGUAAGUGUCAGACAGAAACAGGCAGAGAGGAAGAAGGGAGGGAACAGGGGAGAUAAAGGAUAGGAGAAAUAGCUGACCGUGAGUGAAAGAGGAGAGGGACACAGAUAAACAAAGAGAGCUUUUGAAGGGAGACAGUGGGAGAGAGGUGUGUGUAUAUAUAUAAAUAGAGAGUGAGAGGUGGACCCAGCAGAAGCAGGACUGCUGUACAGUGUGUUGUGUUGGGACCUUCCUCCAGGGAGCCUAGUGGAGCAGAGCUUGGUGCCCGGUGAGAGAGAGACCCCCCUGGGACACAGACACAGCCAUGGAUCCCUCUGCGUCGGAUGAGGUUGGGGACGAGUGCAAGGAGAGCAGGAAGAUCCACUUUGCUGUGCAGUCCUCGGCACCCACCCAACUGGACCCCCGGCAAGUAGAGAUGAUCCGGCGCCGGCGGCCUACACCUGCAACACUGUUCAGAGUGGCAGACCAGUGUUCCCCUGAGGAUGAUCAGUCCACCCAUCAGUGGAUUGUAGGAGAGAAUGGGGUACUCAAGCCCAAGCGAGUCAACCCAAAUGUGUAUCAGCCACCAUCCCUGAAAGCCGUUCAGAAGAUGGCUGAGGCACACAUGCAGAACCUGGGUGUCUACCCCCCCUUGGAAGACCCCUUUGAGGGGGAGGAGUACGACGACUACCCCUGUCAUGAGGAGAGGGAGGAGAGAUUCCCCACCAAAGCUGCUGACCCCCAAGCGACCAGCACAACAGAUCAAUCAGAGAAGCCGGAUGAAGAGGAGGAAGAGAAAGAGAAAGAAGAGGAAAAGACGGAAGAAAAGACAGAGGAGAAGGCAAAGAAAGUGCGCAAAAGUGUAAAGUUUUAACACUAAACAAACGAAAAUGAAGGGAGAGAUGGAUGGUUGCAGAUGUGUGAAUGAUUGAGUGAAUGAAUGAGUGGUUUAAUGUGUGAACUUGUGAGUGAGAAAGAGAGCUUCUAAGUUUGAAUGGUGCAUUUUCAAAUUAAAUGAAUGAAUGACUGAAUGAAUGUAGGCACUGUUAGCAAAUCUGUGAGCAAAAAAUCUGUACAUUAUUCUAGAAGGGGAGAAGGAGAGGGAGAGGGAGAGGGGGGAGAGAGAGUGUGUAAUAGAUAUUGCCCUUGUGAAGAGGUGAGGAGUGGCUCCUUAGAACUAAUGAGAUUUGUGGAUAGGGCAAGGUCACCAACGUAACUGUGACCUUGAGGUCCCGCACUGCAACGCUAGUCUUCUCUUCCAUGUCAGGGGAACCAUUCAUUCACUUCUUAAUUUCUAGCUUUGCUCUUUAAUGUUACAGAGCAAUGGAAUAAUGGCUAGAAAUAAUAACUACACAUGACACUCAAAAUAACUGUAAACGGACAAAUGCUGAUGAACAGCUUCAGUAUAGAGCACACACACACACACACACACACACACACACACACACACACACACACACACACACACACACAGACAGAGGAGAUAUCAUUAGUCUCUGACUAUCAUCUCUGACUAUCGGUCCAGACUAUAUUCUAAAGCUGCUCCAUUACUGUGCAGAUAUGAUAAUACAGACUCCUAAAUCACAAAGACCUGUAUUAUGUGUAUCAAAUUUCACUCUGGCCUAGAUUGGAUAUCUCUGCAGCCUAAUCAUAUUGAGAUCUUGUUCUUGGAAGAAGUGAGCAGCUGCUGCCAUCUUGUGGCAAAAUAGGGGAUGUAGAAUAACCAGAGAGUAUAUAUCGACAUGGAUUUACAUACAAUAAACUGUGCACGGCAUAGGCCUUCAGAUAAUAUGCAUCUAUAUAAUUGAAAUGAUCUAGAUUUGUAAUGCAUUUGAAACAUUUAUUUGUGAUGCAUUUGAAGUUAUUUUUGGUGCCCAUCAAAGUUAUUUGUGUCAAUGAUGUACUCGGGGUGCAUGCUUUUGUAAAAGUAGUCCAAUUUAUUUUUUUUGUGAGAAAAAAACAUGUAUUAAUUUUGUAUACAGAAUCAGAUUCUUAUUGUUUGUUUGUUUAAAUCGUUUCCUGUGUAAAGACCUAUUAAUCAACUUAGCUGUAUAUGGUCUCUCUCUGUUGGAUAAUUGUCACAAUGUUUAGUAACCUUUCAGUCAUGACUUGGAUAACUGUGUUUUUCAUAUUCUCAUGAAAAACAAUACAGACAAUACAAUACAUAGUGACUCUCUUUCUCUCUCUCUCUUCCUGCUGAAAUGGAAUGACACAUUUGAAUAUAAAAAUAUUCACCCUCAGAAUGUCAUUGUCAUCAUAUACUCAUUGAUAAUGUCAGCCUAAUAAACAGUUUUCUUUAUUUCCAUCACAUCUGUUCUCCAACUGCGGGAUUGCUUGAGUCAGUGGAAUACAUGUCUCAAUCUGUACCAACUGUUAAUAUAUAGUAGUUGUUUUGAUUCUCUUUUUGUUGGACAAAGUGUUGCGACAUAUGGCACCUACUCCCUCCAUUGUCUGGCUGGAGUGAGCAUACUUUCCUUCUCCAAGUCUAUCUAUCCUCUAUGGUCAAUAGACGAGUGCCAUGGCAAGAAUGAACUCUAAUCGCACUAUUCUUCUUUAUUCCACUUUUUGUUUUCAUUCUUUUUUCUGUACUUGUUAAAGAUGUAGACAUUUCAAUGUGAGCAACAAUAACACUAUCUAAAUAAACACAUUUUUCUGAUUUGAAA